AUGAAGGCGUAUUUGCACAUCUCGGAGAGUAAGAAACAUGGGAACAAGCAACGAAAGGAUACGUUUUGGAGACGGGUCAUUAAUCAUUUUAGGCAACUUCCCGGUGCAAGGAUACGAAACAUGGACCAAAUGACGUCGAAGUGGACGGAUUUGAACGGGAAAAUUAGCAAGUUCAACGCUCGUUUCAUUCAAAAGAACCGAAACCCUCAAAGUGGAGCGAGCGAGGCGACGAUCAUGCAACAAGCCACCGAAGAGUAUUGCCGAGUGUACAAAAAGAGAACUUUUCCACACGUGGGGGCAUGGGAAGUUGCGAGACAUCACCCGAAGUGGGUCCCCGUUGAGUUGGUCGACAUGCAUGGUCCUACGGCUCCAAAAAAACGAGGCGGUUCGAAAAGAUCAAAGACAUCCGAGUCGGGGAACUACACGACUUCCGCGUCGGAUAACUUGCCUCAAAUGAACUUAAACGACGACCCCCUUGACGAACCCGAUCAACCCGUUGACGACCCCGUUGAAGAAGAUACACCUACAAGGCCACGACGCAAGAAAAGUGGCGAAUCGUCAAGCAAAGGGAAGGAAGCGGUGGCGGAGUCGAUCUUCAGAAUCGAAGAGGAGAAAAUGACCCAAUUCAAGAAGGCCGAACAAAGAAAAGAAACAAUGAUGUCCCUAAAAGUUGAACGCGAGCAGGCGUACAAGGAACACUUGAAAACGAUUGAAAGACAAAAUGAUUUAAAAAUCUUGUGUGAAAACCACGCCCAUCUUGACGAACCGUUCAAGUCAGUUGUCAUUCAACAAAAGCGCGCGAUUUGCGCAAAGUGA